AAUAGGGGAGCAGUUGCUUUAGAUGGUCGAAUAGAGCCUGGUGACAUGAUUCUUCAAGUCAAUGACAUUAAUUUUGAAAAUAUGUCCAAUGAUGAAGCUGUGAGAGUAUUACGCGAGGUUGUGCAAAAACCAGGACCAAUAAAACUUGUCGUUGCAAAAUGUUGGGAUCCAAAUCCAAAAGGUUACUUUACGAUACCUCGUACAGAACCGGUACGUCCCAUAGAUCCUGGUGCAUGGGUAGCACACACAGCCGCUAUACGAGGCGAAGGUUUUCCGCCUCGUCCACCAAGUGCCACAACAUUAACUUCAACUUCGAGCAGUCUUGCAAGUACAUUGCCAGAUACUGAACAACUUCUGAACAAAGAAAACUAUGAUACAUGGAAAAUUCACAUGGAAGCGAUCUUGAUGAAAAACGACGCAUGGGGACACGUUAGUGGUAAAAAGGUAAAGCCUGAGAUUAUCCCGGAUAACGCGAUGUCGGUGGAAGCGGCGAGAACAUGGGACGUCGAGGACAAGAAAGCAAGGGCGGACAUUAUCCUGACUAUUAAGUCAUCGGAAUUGAAACAAAUUAAUGGAUGCAAUACGUCGAGAGAAAACACAAUGCAAGGAAGAACGAAUCGCGUGAGUUAUCGUCGGACGCAAUGUUCGCAAAGAAAAGAUCGGUCAGACGUCCAAGACAUCAAAGGCCAAAAAGUGGAUAAAAAAUCGAUAGGUAAAUCGAGAAAUGACGAUAAAUUGAAAGGCGAGCAGUUCAAGUAUCGAUGCCACUGGUGUAGAAGAGUGGGUCACAAAACAGCUGAUUGUACCGAAUCAAGAAAAAGCAACGACAACGCGAACGCUGUGGAAGAUGUAAAUUUAUGUGCGAAAGCAGAAUACGAACGUACAUCAGAUGAGCUAAGCGCAACCCUGCCGAAAAUGUUCGAUUAA